AUGUAUCUCCUUGCCGGCACGGCCAUUGCGGCUCUCGCAACCUCGUGUGCCGCCUCACCAGGCUAUCUCAAGCUCGGCCUGCAAAGAAGGGCCCCCCCUGAGGGCAGAUUAAUACGCAGACAAGACUCGGGUGGAAGUGUCGAUGCACUCGUGACACAGAACACCAAUAAAGCCGAAUACCUGGUGAACAUCACUGUUGGCACGCCCCCACAGGAUUUAAGCGUUACCCUUGACACCGGCUCUUCAGAUCUUUGGAUUCCCGCAUCGUCAGCAAAACUAUGCCAGCAGGGCAAGUGCGACUUGGGCGCAUUUGAUCCAAGUAAAUCAAGCACUUACAAUGUUAUUGAGGAAGGCGGAUUUAACAUAACAUAUGUGCAAGUUGGAGACACCGAUGCUGGCGACUGGAGUUCAGACACGAUCACAGUCGGUGGAUCUCCGUCCAUUGAAGACCAACAGCUCGGAGUGGCAACUGCGUUGUUCGACCAACAUGGAGUAAUGGGGAUCGGAUUCGACACCAUUGAGGCAUCCAACGACAGCCCGAAUGGCGUCUAUCCCUCAGUCUUGGACAACCUCAAGUCGACCGGGAUCAUUGACCGCAAAGCCUUUAGCUUGUACUUGAAUGACCUGGAAGCAACCAAAGGCGCAGUUAUUUUUGGGGGAAUCGACACAACAAAAUAUUCGGGAGACCUUGUUGCCCUUCCACUCCAACCCGGUCCAGAUGGGAGUGUUUCGGAAUAUUUCGUCACCCUGACAAGUGUCUCUUUCACAGAUUCGACGGGUCAAACCACUCAGUUAUCGCCUGAAGGGUAUGCGCAGGCUGCCUUGCUAGAUUCGGGUACCACCAACACCCUUUUGACCAACGACGUCCUUGCCCCCUUGGCUCUCGGAUUGGGGGCGGUUGUCGAUCCUUCUGGAGAGGCCUACCUAGUCCCAUGCAGUCUUUCGUCGGCCAAUGGUACCAUCGAUUACUCGUUUGGCGGCGAAGACGGCAUCACAAUACAAGUUCCUGUUUCGCAGGUGGUGGGCGGUCAAGUAUACACAUCGUCAGAAUUUGACGAUCCGUCAGGAGGCUGUGUGCUAGCUUUUGGGUCUACAGCCGAAGGUGCUGGGGCCAGUAUCUUUGGGGACAGCUUCUUGAGGAGUGCGUAUGCGGUUUUUGAUAUCGACAACCAGAUGGCAGCGCUUGCGCAAGCCGUUGAGAACGAGGACAGCACGAGUAGUAUUGUGGUUUUCCCCACAGGAACAACCAUCCCGAGUGCGACAGUCACCGCAACUGCAACAGGAACUCAACUCACCGAAGUGGUCUCGGAAACAGAUAUCCCGACUGCCAGUAUCCAAAGCUCCACCCUGGUUCCAGGAACGCCGACAUUCAGCUUGGAGGCGGCAUCGUCGACAGCUACCACAACAGGAGGGUCUUCGUCGUCAUCGUCAUCGGCGGCAGCAAAUAAUGCGGUCAAUGCGGCCAUUCCGACCGCGGCUCUGUUGGGACUGGGACUGGCAGCGGCGGGAAUGGUGGGACUUUAA